CUCUCUCUCUCUCUGAUAGGCAGCGCAGACGUGGGCAGAGUGUGGGGGUAUAGGAAGAGGAGAGAGCGAGAGGGUAGGUAGUAGUGUGUGUGAGGCUGUCAGACAGCAUGGUCUGGGUCUGAGGACAGCACUGGAAGACGCAGCAGCAGCAGCAGCAGCCUCCAUGUAGACCAGUGUGGUGACAUCCAUAGAUCACCUGGACCUGUCCACCCAUCAGCACCCACCCAGGACAACACCGGCCUCUUACGGAGAAGCAAGAGGAGGAGGAGAAGGAGGACGAGGGGGGUGGGUCUGUUUAUCUUCUUCUUUUUUUUUUGUCAGUGUUUUUGGUUUUGGGGAGUAGGCUCCGGGCUGGACCGCAUGCAUGACACAACGCAAAGGCGAGAAACCCACCAUCAGCAUCCAGGAGCACAUGGCCAUUGACGUGUGCCCUGGCCCCAUCCAGCCCAUCAAGCAGAUCUCCGACUACUUCCCCCGUUACCCGCGGGGCCUCCCCCCUGCUGCGCCCCACCAAGUGGGCCACGCCGGGCCCCUGAGCCCUGCCCUCUCCGCCACCUCGGCCACCACCUCGGCCACCGCCGCUGUCGAAAGUGACCGCCCAAAUGAGGAUAAACCAGAACGGGCUUGUGCCGGAGCCUCCGCCCCCUUGCAGGCCACCAAGAGGGACGAGGAGCCUGACGUGGAAGGAUACGACUCAGAUGACUCCACUACAUUGGGGACCUUGGAAUUCAGUUUGCAGUAUGACCAGGAGAACAAUGCACUUCACUGCACCAUUAACAAAGCCAAGCUUCCUGUCCCCAGAUACAAGAAGGGGCUCAAGCCGAUGGACCACAAUGGGCUUUCUGACCCCUAUGUCAAGUUGCACCUACUGCCCGGAGCCAGCAAGGCCAAUAAACUUAGAACCAAGACCCUGCACAACACUCUCAACCCUGUCUGGAGCGAGACCUUGACCUACUACGGCAUCACCGACGAGGAUAUGGUCCGCAAAACACUCAGGAUUUCAGUGUGUGAUGAGGACAAAUUCCGCCACAAUGAGUUCAUCGGGGAAACACGAAUCCCCCUCAAGAAGCUGAAGCCCAACCAAAUCAAAAACUUCAACAACUGCCUGGAGAAACAGCUGCCUGUCAACAAGACAGAAGACAAGUCCCUGGAGGAACGAGGGCGCAUCAUGAUUUCUCUUAAGUACAACACCCAGAAGUCAUGCCUGGUAGUAGGCAUCAUACGCUGCGCUCACCUCGCCGCCAUGGACGCCAACGGCUUCUCCGACCCCUACGUCAAAACGUACCUGAAGCCUGACGAGAACAAAAAGUCAAAGCACAAGACUGCUGUGAAGAAGAAGACCCUCAAUCCAGAGUUCAACGAGGAGUUCUGUUACGACAUAAAAUAUGCAGACCUCACCAAAAAGACCUUGGAGGUGACAGUGUGGGACUACGACAUCGGAAAGUCCAACGAUUUCAUAGGUGGUGUUUCUCUGGGUAUCAAUGCAAACGGAGAGAGGCUCAAACACUGGUUUGACUGCCUUAAAAACAAGGACAAGAAAAUUGAGCGCUGGCACACGUUGACCAAUGAAUUACCUGGUUCAUUAAAUGACUGAAGACCCAAAUCCUGUCGUCCAACCUGUUGGCCCCCGUCCCCCGCUGGCUGCACAAGAUAGGACUCCUGCCUUCAUUUUCCAUACUCCUCCUCCCAGCUUUUUGUCUCUGGAUUUUCCUCAUGUUGGCCACAGCGACCUGUGACACCUCUUUGGGAAUACAUUUCCUCUCAACAGGGCUCAGUUAACAAUAUCCUUAUAUUUGUGUUCACAUGUACAAUAGGGGUUGCAUGGCUGCUCAUUUCUUUUUCAAGGAAAAUUCAAUCAACUAAAUAAAUCAAGGGGAUUGUAGUGUUGGAUUUUAAGCUUCAUAAUUCGGAUUUCGUGUUUGAUCAUUGAAGAAAAAAAAGGAGCAAAUGCUUUCUAUUUGAUGAGAUCUUUUACAGCUGCUAAAAUGAUUUACCAGUGAUUCACCAGUCCCUGAAACAGCACAAACGAAGCCUUCAUACAGUCACCUUGGUGGUACAGUAAGAGUGGAGAAUCUAAUAAAGGAUGUAGCAACAUUUUACAUUGUUGCGAGUAUACAGAAAUGUUUAGAUGAAGUCGAUAACUGAAGAUGUUGCACUUUAUUAUAAUUUUAAAACUGUUGGGUAGCGAAGGUCCAGUUGUCGUUCACGACCACGUAAGCAGUUCCAACACAACGAAAUCUGGAGAAUUUAUCCUUUACUUUUAAUCAUUCAGCCAGGUGAGAACAAUGUCAUAACUUCCUUAAAAUACUGUACAAGUUAAAGCCUCCGUAUGCUUCAAACUAAUUAAAUCGUGCAAGUUGCUGUCUGACCGAGACUGUCCUCCAAGUAACAUAAGUUAAGAAAGAAAGUCUUAGUAUAAAUAAUACAAAUUAUUAUUAUUAUUAUUAUUAUUAUUAUUAUUAUUAUUAUUAUUAAUUAAUAUAAAAUACUUUAUAGAGUCCACAGAAGGAGAAGGUCAGGGUGGUUGGAUGGAUCAGCAAAAGAUUUGACUUUGACAUGCUGCCGUUCACUUCUCAUUUCCUACCAACAAUUAACGUGACAUAAUUUAACCAUGACCAUGUUGCCUCAGGCUUUCAGACUGAAAACAGCAUUCAAAAAAGUUCUGAGACCCUACUUUCUCUUUUCUCAGACACUGAAAUAUACUCAGGCCUUCAGUCCUCUUCCAAGUAAACUGUAGUGCAGUUUGCUGAAGAGAAAAAAUUACAAUAACCAUACCAACAACACUAAACAAUCCAUCAAUUUAAUUCCUAAUGGUUAUAAGGAGACACAUGUUGGCAGUUGAAAGCCAUUAUGUCUGCUAAAAAGGAUUUUACAACGACUGAUGCUCAUCUGUAAAUUGGCAGGAUGACCGGUUAACAAAUGUCCAAUAAGAAAACCAGUGUAGUACAAAAAACAACUUUGCCUCCUCAAGUCUACUUACAGGAAGAAUUCAAGACGUUAAAAACACUGAUCCCAUGUGUUUCUGUAUAGCCUAAUCAAUAUGAGACAAUGCUAGGGGUUAUAGCACAACCUACCUGGAUUACUCACUGAUGUUUCAGUGCAACCCCUAAUCUAUAGAGCUGCCUAGUUUUAUUGUAAUCCUGGGGUCAAGGCUCCCUGUGUGUUUCAUCCAUUCAGACCUCAAAAUAGCAGUUUUUUUAUUUACAGUGCUAAAGCAUCAGGAAGCUAAAUAAGAUAUGCACUUAGAAAUUCCAUUAAAAUUGGCGAUGAAUCACAGGUACAAGGCCACAGUGCGGUUAUCAAUCAGCUGACCUUCUGUGUGUGGUCAAAAGUGAUUUUUACAGUCAAUGCUUUAUAGAACAGCGGUUUAGAUUUCAAGGGUAAGAUGUGUCAAUACGUGCAAUAAAAGUAUAACCGUGUAAUAGCGGCAUUGAAUCUGAUUAGUCAGGUCGUGAAGAGGGUUAUGAAUUUAAAAGUAGAUCUUAUAUGCACCUGAUGAUUCAGAUGAUCUGUGGAUACUUUCAGCACAGAGGUGGAAACAUUCACUGCACACUGAUUACACAGCCUUGCUUUACUGUGUGGAAGGUAGAGAGCCUACUUGAUAGAGAGCAGCUGUAAUCAACAACAGAAUGAAGUUCAGUGGCUGACCCGCCCGGUGAAAAUCACUUGUCAAACCACAACACCACCACAUGAUUGGGCAGCUCUAUGUGUGUGUGUGUGUGUGUGUGUGUGUGUGUGUGUGUGUGUGUGUGUGUGUGUGUGUGUGUGUCUUAUUGUUUACACUACAGAAAAAUGAGUUUCCACAAAAAACUCACCGGCAGCAUUUUCAACUGUAAUGUGGCUGAAAAAUGUACCUGCUGUUUGUCAAAAGGGCAGAAUUUUAAAAACGUAAAGUUUACGACUAAUUCAAAAAAAUUAUUCAAAAGCAUGUAUUGUUUACAACAGCCUAUUGUUGCUGAAGUUCAAGUUUGCUGCUGAAAGGGUGUACACACCCUAUGCUGAAGUCACUGCGAUUGUUCGGUCGUGCAAUGCAAGCUUUGCUAAGAUGGGCCGGGGUGAGAAGGGCAGAAUUUUUGAUAUACUAGCCGUGUAUGUAUAUUGUUACUAUGUUGUUGCAUCUGUUGAGGGUUUCUUUUUUCAAUGUAAGCAGCUCCACUAUAAAUAUAUCGAACAGAAUGUACAUGUUUAACCCCUUCUAUUCUGCAGUAAAUCCUCUGAGAAUGUACAGCUUAGCGCUCUGUGUUGUUGAUAUUGUUCAUGUCUCAAACUCUGUAUUUGGGCACACGUAUCUGGGAAUGGAGAAGGUUGAACUCACAGCCCAGGAGCAAACUAUACCAGAUCACUCAAGUCAGAUAUACAACUUUUACUUUAACUCCUUCUAGCCUGUUGAAUUAUUGAGAUUUUUUCUUUCUUUUAAUAUUUUAUGUUAGGAAUUGAUACCACGAGUCCCUGUGCAGCCCUGGAAACCUACCAGUGGAUCAGUAGUCUGGGAUGCAUGCCAUGUAUUUGUAAUUUUAUGAGUUUGAUCCCACAGUAUGACCUUUUCUGCAUGCCCCCUCCCCCACACCCACCUUUCUUGGAAAUUUCCACCGUGCACUGACUGGUAACACAGAAUAUGCCAUACAAAUAGUCCUUACGUAACGUUCAGGAUUCCUGUCAGGCUUGCAAUUCAGCUAACAGCUUUUUAUCAUUACUUCACGUUACUGUAAGUGAUAGGCCGGGCCUGUUUGUUUUUAGGAGCAUGUUGAUUGUGUCAGCGUGACUGUUUUUAUAAUCGCAUCCUUUUAAAACGCACUAAUUCCAGCUGGUGGAUUGUGACGAACAGCCCUAAUGUCCAUUUCUUAUAUUAUUUGACCCUUUUAACCCCUAGUUUUAUUGUUGACAGUGUUAUUAGAACUAUUACAUUGCUUUCACACUACAUUCUAUUCAUUCUGAAGAAAAUUAGAUUUUGACAAAUGGUAUCACAUCUUCAAAGCUGGGGAAUUAAAUGUUUAAAUGCAGUACAUCUGCCAUCACUUCUCCGUUUAUUUUAUUUAACAGCCUCUUCAGCCACAUUGAUUUGUGAUGCACAAACUGGCUGUGAAACCUGGUUGGCUUCUCAAUAUAAUCCUUGACACAACAGUGAUCUCUCUCUCUCUCUCUCUCUCUCUCUCUCUCUCUCUCUCUCUCUCUCACAAAUACAACCGAUAUGUGAUUAUGAUUUUGUAAUCUGUCUGCCUUUGUAUGCAAGCUCAAUAUUAUGAAAUAACAAAAAAAACUGCAUGCGUGUUUUUGGUUUUGUCAUGAGAUGACUUUGCCUCAUGUUUGAUACGGUUUUCUUUAUUUAAAAAAAAAAACAACAACAACACACAACUGUGUAUGCUCUAAGAUUAUGCUAUGAGUCAGUCUUUCUUCUGGACAACAUUUUGUACCUUUGAACACUAUCGCAUUGCCUGUUUGGCUGCUGUAUUGACUAUCUGGAAGCGUGACUUGAUGUGAAUUAAAAUCUCUCCUUUGUUGUUUGGUUUCCUUUUUAA